CUCACAACACAUCACCUCUGACCGGUAUCCUCUUCAUAAUCGACACUGAAGAGACGAUCCGGUCAUGAUCACUCUCACGCCCCUGUCAGCUUCGGCCUCAUCGGCUUCGAGCUCAGAGCCCGUAUCCUACUUCCUCGAGCUCGACAAUGCCCGCAUCCUCCUCGACAUGGGCCAGCGCGACUAUCGCGCCAGUCAGCAAUCGGGCAACUGGGAGUAUGAGAACAAGAUUAGAGAGCUCGCGCCCACCCUCUCGCUUGUCCUCUUGUCGCACUCGCCUGCGAGCUACCUCGGCCUCUACGCCUAUGCGCGCGCACACUGGGGUCUCAAGUGCCCCGUGUACGCGACGCAACCGACUGUCGAAAUGGGCCGUGUGGUCACUCUCGCUGAUGCCGAGAGCUGGCGAUCAGAGUGCCCCGUCCCAGAAUCUGAGGAAGGCGCUGCGGACGCCGAGGAGGAAGAGGGUGGCUCGACAAAGGGCAAGAAGCCUUUACGUGGGCCGUUCGUGCCAACAAAAGACGAGAUCCACGAGGCAUUCGACUGGAUCAAGGCGACACGGUACAACCAGCCACUGCAUCUUGGAGGCGACAUUUCACAUUUGCUCCUCACACCCUUCCCAUCGGGCCAUGUUCUCGGUGGCACGCUGUUCAAGAUCCGUUCCCCGACGUCGGGUACCGUACUGUAUGCCGUCGGCAUGAACCACACCAAGGACCUUCACCUCGACGGUAUGGUGUCGGGACAAGGAGGACUGAACGACUAUGCCGAGGACAUUGGCCGACCAGACCUUCUCAUCGUUGAGGGAGACCGUACGCUUGUGGUCAGCCCAAAGCUCAAGGACCGCCGAGCGGCGAUUUUGAAUCAGAUCUCCUACACGCUCGAGUCUGGCCACUCGGUGCUCCUCCCAUGCGACCCCUCACCACGACUGCUUGAGCUCCUUGUUCUCCUCGACCAACACUGGGCAUUCAAGUUGAAUCCCGCUGCAAGGAAGCCGGGACAGCCUAUGACCCCCUGGAACUUCCCACUAUGCGUCGUUAGCCGAACAUACCAGGACAUGGUCUCGUUUGCGCGCUCAUUGGUUGAAUGGAUGGGCACCGCUGUUAGGGAGACUGGCGGUGUGGAUGUUGUCGCUUCCAAGAGGGGCGGCAAGCGGAAUCGUCGCCAGGUGAUGAACAUGGGGUCCGAGUAUGGAGUCCUCGACUUCACCCACGUCAAAUUCUUCUCGUCUCCCGCCGAGCUCCGCGAGGCCUUCCCGGGCGACAGGCCAAAGGUUGUCCUCGCCAUCCCACCAACAAUGUCUCAUGGACCUUCCCGAUCGCUGUUCACGGAAAUGGCCAGCAAGCCUGGAAACCUUCUGCUCUUGACAAACCGUGGCGAGGACCAGACUCUUGCCCGCGAUUUGUUCGACCGCUGGGAGCAAGAGCAGGCGGAUGCGGCAAAGUGGGGUCACGGUGGUAUUGGAACUAUCAAGAACCUGGCCGGACCACUGGCCCUGGAGAUGGACUCCAAGGUGCCACUCUCAGGGGCCGAGCUCGAGGCGUACGAGGAGGAGGAACGGCUCAAGAAGGAGCGUGAAGCGGCACAGAAGGCUGCGCUUGACCGUUCCCACCGCAUGCUCGAAGCCGACGACUUGGAGUCUGACUCGGAGUCUGAGGGCGAGGAGGAUGACGCUGCCGACGGUAUCGUUUUAACCCGCACCGAGGGCGCCAACGCGUUUGCCGGUGACGGCGAGGACGUCCGUACGAUGAGUUUCGACAUUUUCGUCAAGGGACAGCAGAUGCGUACCGGACGCAACACGGCGGCGGGCGAGAUGGCCCGUUUCCGUAUGUUCCCCUUCAUUGCCAAGGGUCGCAAUGUGGACUCGUACGGCGAGGGUCUGGACAUUGGACAGUGGGUCCGAAAGGGCCGCGAGAUCGAGGAGGAGGGUGAGACGGAGGAGGUCCGCGAGGCCAAGCGGAGAAAACUCGAGGACGAAGAGAAGGCUCUUGAGGUGCAGGAGCCACCAUCAAAGUUUGUCAGCGAAGAGGUGACUAUCGACCUGCACGCCUCAAUCGAGUUUGUCGACAUGGAUGGUCUCAUGGACGGCCAGGCCACCAAGACUAUCAUCGCCAAGCUGCAGCCUCGAAAGCUGGUGGUUGUCAAGUCGGACGCCAAGUCCACGCAAGCGCUUCUCGACUUCUUCAAGUCAUCGGCCUCGAUCACCGACGACGUCUUCCACCCGGGCCUGAAUGAGACCCUUCGCAUCGGUGAACAUGUGCAGAGCUACUCGCUCCAACUGGGAGACAGCAUCUCGGCAUUAUUGAGCGGCAAGUGGUCCAAGUUUGAGGGCUACGACGUCGCCAUGGUCGACGGCAAGCUGGCGUACGCAUCUGGGUCGACAGUGCCGCUCCUGGAGGCACCGUUCGUUCAGCUGGCUCCUGCUCAGCCCGAGGUCAAGGCUGAGGAGGAGGUUCCGGAGGGUCCAAAGGUGGAGGAGCCUGCAGACGAGACUGGGGAGACGGGAGAGAAGCCUGAGGGCGAGCAGCCUGAAGGUGAGGCACCCGAUAUCGAGGUGGUGGAGGUCAAGGAGGAGCCCGAGGCAGAGCCAGAGGCGGAACCAGAGGCCGUGCCAACGUCGCCAUCAGAGCCCAAGGCAGUGGCCAAGCCGGCCGGCUCCAAGACCGCACCCCUCCCAUCGUCCCUGUUCAUCGGUGACCUCCGACUCGUGGACCUCAAGCGGCGAUUGGGCGAGCAGUCCAUCCCUGCCGAGUUCGCCGGCGAAGGUGUGCUCGUCUGCGGCGAGGGCAUCUCCAAGUCGGAGGCCAAGAAGGAGGGCAGUGGGCAGAUUGUGGCUGUGCGCAAGCUUGCCGAGGGGCAGGUCGUCAUUGAGGGCUCUAUCAGCAAGACGUACUUUGCUGUGCGCAAGGAGCUGUACGCGAGCUUUGCUCAGGUCACCUUGUAAUAGACUAGUAGAUGAAAGUGUACCAAUAG